UAUUCAGUGUCUCUUCGCGGUCAGUUUCUUGGGUCAUCAAACCCUGGACUAUUAUGGUUGCUGCUUUUGGAUAUGGCUAAUAUGAGUGUUCUUAUUCUGUGCUUAUUUGCGACUAUUUGGAGAGCUGUGCAGGCCAUCCAUUCAGACUGUGCUAUUAUCUCUCAGCUGAUACAAGACCAAGAGACCUGCAUCCAGACCAGGAAGAGAGAGACCAAAAAUCUGUCCAAACAAACAGGAUGUGGGACGGAUUGGGAUGGGAUCAGGUGCUGGCAGACAGCCAAUACAGGACAACUGAUCAAUGUAUCCUGCUCGGAAGUCUUCCAGCAUUUCUCCAAUGAAGGUUUUAUAUACCGGAACUGCACGUCUACAGGCUGGAGUGACCCGUAUCCUCCAUAUGAGGAGGCCUGUGCAUUUGAAGACGAUUCAGAAUCCAGAACAGUGACGACAUACUUCUCAUCUUUGAAACAACUGUACACUGCAGGAUACGCAACCUCACUUAUAUCGCUCAUAACAGCCGUUAUUAUAUUCACUUGCUUCAGGAAAUUUCAUUGUACCAGAAACUACAUACACAUCAAUCUAUUUGUUUCCUUCAUCCUACGGGCUACUGCAGUUUUCAUCAAAGAUGCUGUACUUUUCUCCGAUGAAACUCUGGACCACUGUUUAAUGUCCACGGCAGUGUGUAAGUCUGCUGUAGCGUUCUUUCAAUUCUGCAUUCUCACUAAUUACUUCUGGCUACUGGUGGAGGGAAUGUACCUGCAAACACUCCUGGCUCUCACGUUUGUCUCGCAGAGGAAGUACGUCUGGUGGUACAUCCUUAUUGGAUGGGGUGUGCCAUCAGUUGUCCUGAUCGUGUGGGUGUUGACCAGACAGUUCUACGAUAACAGAGGAUGUUGGGAUGACACAGACAAUAUGAACAUCUGGUGGAUAAUCAAAGGACCUAUCACAGCAUCACUGUUUGCCAAUAUUAUCAUCUUCCUAAAUGUGAUACGGAUCUUGGUUCAGAAAUUAAAGAGUCCUGGAGUCAGAGGCUGUGACAUGGGUCACUUCAUGAGGCUCGCCAAAUCCACCUUGUUUCUGAUUCCUCUGUUCGGGAUGCACUACACUGUGUUUGCCUUUCUGCCUGAGAACACAGGAGAAAUAAUCCGGUUCUAUAUUGAACUCGGUCUAGGCUCUUUCCAGGGCUUUGUGGUGGCCCUUCUUUACUGUUUCUUGAAUGGAGAGGUACAGGCAGAGUUAAAGCGAAGGUUAUGGAAAUGGCAGACACAGACUCACCUGAGUCCAAGUAAAAAGCGCCGGGUCACUGUUACUCAGAUCACGAUGCAUGAGGUCAGUGACCCACAGACUGCCAUCUGCAAUGGAAACAUCACAUCUGUGUGAACACACCUGUAUGAUGUAGUUGUAUUUCAUGCUGUACCCAAAAGACUGGAAGUGCUUCAUGUUCAGCUCUGAAGAGUGGAAGACUUUCUAAUGAGAAGAAAUCGGUCACCAAUCAGCACUUAUCAAGAAGUAUGUGCUAAGAAUACCUCCCAGUUUUCGAUUUCGAAGCUUUUAUAACAAUGUUGACGCUGUUUGCAUUGUUUUAAAACUGACUUGAAGGUGGUAAAACUGCAAUCAGACAUUACCAUGUUAAAGACUGUGAUUGUGACUAUAGAGUACCAGUAGAUAAGCAUCCUGAUCUCCACAUUCUGUGCCUAUAUGUUUGUCUGAAAAAACUCAACAGUCAGUCAGUUUUGGCUUUUUCGUCAUUGCUCAGUAGCUUAAGGGAGUUUAAGUUAAACAUUUUGUGUUCUGAGGUUGAUUAAAAUGUCUCAUGUAAUAUAUGAUUGUUUUAUGCAAAUAAAAGUAUUUUAAGUAAGCUCUAAUGUUAAAAUUUGACCUUCAUUCCACAAUCCAGACUUCAUAUGUUGAGCUGUCUGUUAUAUAUGUGUCGUAUUGUAACUCAAAACUGUCUGGUUGCAUUUGAUACCUCAGACUCCCAGUGGGGCAAAAAGUUUGAUGUUUAAGACUGGAGGUUGAUGUAAUUCUUAGCGGUAGCUUAGAGGAAAGCUAAAACCAAGUUGUGUUUGCAGUCAGUGAGUAAUUUAUUUAAUAAAUGCCAAUGUUUGGCAUUGAAUGCUCCAUGUGUCAAUUUAGAAUUUUUGGUAUUUUAACAUAUGAUUAUUGACAUAAAUGCAGUAUACAUACUGUAUAUUGCAUUAUUACUAAAUGAGACCAUCUAAUUUAUCAGCAUAUUUUAAAGGGAUAUGUGCAUACAGUAUGUCUACAUAUAUUACAGCCGUGGCCAAAAGUAUUGGCAGUGAUAUCAAUUUUGUGUUUUGCAAAGUUUCCUGCUUCAGUAUUUGUAGAUUAUGUUUUCACAUGUUUCUAUGGUAUAUUGGAAAACAAUAAGCAUUUCACGAAAAGUGGUUUCUUUGCUGCCCUUCUUGACACCAGGCCAUUGUCCAAAAGUCUUCGCCUCACUGUGCCAAUAUUGAACAAGCUCUGCACUGGUGGUGACAUGAAUCCGUAGCUGACUCCUCAGGAGGAGACGGUCCUGGCGCUUGCUGGACACUCUGGGAUGUCCUGAAGCCUUCAUCCCUGCAGUUGAACCUCUCUCCUUGAAGUUCUUGAUGAUCCAGUAAAUGGUUCUUUCAGGUGCAAUAUUCUUUUGCAGCAAUUUUCUUGCAUGUGAGGCUAUUUUGAUGCAAAGCAAUGAUGGCUGCACGUCUUUCUUUAGAGGUAACCAUUGCUAACAAGAACACAAUGAUUGGAAGCACUUCUUCCCUCCUUUUAUAGCAAUCAGUCUGCUCUUAUAAUCCAAUCAGAAUGAUAGAGUGAUUUCACCUGACUAGUACUCGUUCACACUUUCCCAGGUGCUGCUGAUAUGAUUAGUGAAAUGAUGUUAGCUGGUCAUUUCUGUUUUUUUUUUUCCAAGUUCUUUUUUUUGGCCAAUGAAGCUUUUUGCAAUUAUUUAAAAUGCAUCUGAUCACUCUGCACAAUAAUCUAGAAACAAUGUGAAUCAAUCUGAAGCAGCAAACUUUGCGAAACACAGAAUUUAUGUCACUGCCAAUACUUUUGGCCACGGCUGUACAGCUUGCAUGAUUCCAGCUAACUUAAAUAGGUUCAACUGGAGCACUUAAACUCUAAAAUUGUUGUAUAAAUACUAAUGGAAUUUAUCAAAUAUAUUAAACUAUUGGUAGAAUGUUGAGUGGUGGUGGCGUAGUGGGCUAAAGCAUAACUGUUAAUCAGAAGAUUGCUGGUUCGAGCCCCACAGCCACCACCAUUGUGUCCUUGAGCAAGGCACUUAACUCCAGGUUGCUCCGGGGGGAUUGUCCCUGUAAUAAGUGCACUGUAAGUUGCUUUGGAUAAAAGUGUCUGCCAAAUGCAUAAAUGUAAAUAUUGGUAACAGUUUACAAUAAGGCUAACGGUAAAGCUUUAUAAGAAUUAACAAUAUUUUUACAGCAUUUAUAAAACUUUGUUGAGGUUAAUUGAUUAAAACAUGAUUGUUAAUUUUUAGCUCAAGUUAUAUGUAUGAAGUAUACAACUUUACAUUUUAAAAAUGUACUUUAGUAGUAAAAGUUAAAACUAAUUUCAACCAAGAUUAACAAGUUAUGCAAAACUAU